GUUAUUAAGGAGAGAAAGAGGGAAAUACUCGACGAGAAGUCUAUUAAUAAAGACGAGAAAACGAUGGCAAACAAUGGGGACGAGGAGGUGGGGGACGGCAGCUGCGAUUUGAGGCGUCGAAUGGCAUUCCUCGACAGCCUUCUGAGCGAACAUUUGAGGAACAGUGAGUUCACGGAAGAGGAUAUUAGGGAAGAAGUGGACACUUUUAUGUUUGAGGGACACGACACCACAUCCAUGGCCAUCAGCUGGACUCUGCACCUCAUUGGCCUCAGCCCACACAUCCAGCGUAAAUGUCACGAGGAAUUGGACGCUAUAUUUGGCGGCACCGGUAGUGAUGGUGUGAUUAAUAUGAAUGAUUUGCGCGAAAUGAAGUACUUGGAGGCGUGUAUUAAGGAAGCCUUACGUCUGUUCCCUUCCGUGCCAUUCGUGGGCCGACAUCUCAACGAAGACAAUAUCAUUAAUGGCUAUACUGUGCCAAAAGGGGUGACGUGUUUGAUAUUUUUAUAUCAGGUCCAUAGGGAUCCGCAAUGCUUUCCACAGCCAGAGGUGUACAGACCCGAGAGGUUUCUGGACAACAGUCAUAUGACACGACAUCCCUUUGCUUUCGUGCCGUUUUCUGCCGGCCCUCGCAAUUGCAUCGGACAGAAGUUCGCGCUCUUGGAGGAGAAGACCAUUUUAGCCACAAUUUUGAGACAUUAUACAAUCAAAUCGCUGGAUCACAGGGAUGUCAUCAAAAUAGCGCCCGAACUCGUGAUAAGACCAAAAACACCCAUUAGGAUGCAGUUUACGCCAAGAAUUUAA